UCUCAAACCAGCAGGAAAAUCCCAAACCCGUUGGUGAGUCUUGGCGGUUUAUUUUGAUUGUGCUGCUGCUGCGCCUCUUUUAUUGUGACUCCCGGUACAUUUAAAGUCGUUAAACUAUUAAAAUUAGACGGUAAACUAAGCUCUAAAAUGGACGAACAAGCUCGGGCUCUUUUACAGCGGAUUUUAAGAAGACUAAGCAGUAAAAAGAUCCAGAGCUCUUUAAGAUCCUGGGGCUGUUUAUCAUCACAGCAGCUCCAGGAUCUGGACUACAAACAACCAAAGUGGCUGCUUUUGGAGAAUAUCAUCUCUAAAUGUGAGGAAAGCAGACUGCGUUUAAAAGACGUGACGAAGCUGGAAAUUAUCUAUCACAUUGAGAACCCGAAUCAAGGAACGUGGCAUGCAUUUAAACUCACUGAAGCAGAAGAUGAAGCCGUUUCUGUAGAUUUCACCCAGUUUAAGGAGAUGUUUGUAGCUCACUUAGAGGAAGUCGUCCAACACGUAUCCAUCAGGAUGAGGAAGCAGGACGACGGCGCUGUGUGGAUCCGUAUGGCGUGGGGUGAUAAUCUCACCAAACCCAACCACCUGAAACCAACUUACGCUGUUCAUUACCUCCAGACUCCCUACGUGUUUAUCCUCAAUCUCUCAGCCAAACACAAGCCUUUUCUCUAUCAGGCUUUAGUUCUGUCCACCAGACACACCACCAUAAACGAGGCUCACCUGAGCGGCAGGAGCCUCACCGCCAUGCGAGACCUGCUCAUGAAGCAAUAUCAGCAGGUUUUCCCAAAUCAGGAACGGACCUUAAAGGAAAGGAACGCUGCUCCUUCGCAUCCUAACAUCGAUAAGGAGCAUGCCGAGUUGGCCGAGAGAACACAUCAGAUGGCUUGUGAGGCUUUCGGUGACGGAGCGAUGCCAAAACUGGAAACGGCUGUGUACAAGCUCGAAACCAGGUACAGAGGCAGCAGCAACGACACACUCAGUGACCGAGACGAGCUCUUCAGAGGCGUGGUCAAGUUCUCCAGCCCAAACCUCCUGGAGUCCCUGCGGCACUGCGUGUCCACCGGUAUGGCUGAAUCUCCCGUCACUCCUCUCUUAUCCUCCAUCACACACAAAGGAAGGAACUACUUCGUAAUCGCUGAGAAAGUUCCAGGAGCCACGAGCCAGACGCCUGCACACACGACUUAAUGUGAUUCUUAUAGUGUUCUUACAUGGUAUUUUUUACACUUUAAACCCAAGUAUGUUUAAUCCAUUUUACAAAGUUUUAAAUAAAAGUUUUUAAAAGUUAGGUAUAAAAUCA